AUUUAAGCCUAUGUAUUGUUAUAUGUUGUAAUAAACCUAUAUUAGAUGCAAUAUAGAAAGACCGUGGUAGCAUGUGUUCUCAACCUGGUUGUACGUACUCGAGUAUGUAGUUGUUACCUCACCGAAGACGUCAGACUACCGCAAGAUUCUCUGUACUCCCUCUCAUCGUUUUCGGUGACGGUAAUGCGCACCAAAGGCAAUAUCCGAUUCAAGGGAUAUUCAUCCGGCGUUAUGGGAAAACUAUACCGUGCUCUCCUUAGAAGACAACGCUGCUUUCUUACUGCAGUGGUCGAUAUCAACGAGUUCAGAACCUCAAAGUCUGCAACAAUUGUAAUGGUAUGGAUAUGGAAGAAGUACGAAUCGCUGACGGCUCUAGUGCCUAUGGUGCCAAGGCCUGUAAAACCUGUGGUCUUAUAUGACGACGAUACAUUAUUGCAGUAAAGAAUAUGCUUCCUAUUGCAGAUUCCAUAUGGAAGAAC